AUGCGACGCCUCUCAGCAGGAGAUUAUUGGCUGGAAUCAACUUGGUUGGUUCCGGAGAGAACUGAUGCGCUUUUCACUCUUCCAGCAUCGAAGAAUGAAAUACAUGUCACAACAGAUCCGAAGUUGCAUGUGCAGUAUCAGUUGGGUUGGAAAUAUCGUAUCAUUGCAAGACUUGAACCGCUACAAUUCAACAUCCAAAGAGACCAUGCUGGAGGUCAAACUAAGAUCAUUGAUGGCAUGGAAACGAACGAGAAGGAAACCUGUUGGAGACAUGGUGCAUUGUCAACUCAGAUUAAAUCGCAGAUGGAUCAGGUUCACGACUUCUUGAAAGAGCAAGAACGAAGGUCAGAUGAACUGUCUGAAAUCAAGGGAGAGAUUGCCCAGUUCCUCAAUGUACUGCAGAAGCUGAAAUCAGCAGCGAAUGAUGCGAAUCAACUUAACGCAACCAAUGAUGAGAUUCUUGACACGCAGAUAGGGGCAAACCUUUCGGGCCGUGAUGGCAUGGAAGAAUCCAGUGGAAUCUGA